CCAAAGCAGGCGUCGGAAGCUUUGCUCAAAAAUCCUCCAACUUCGUUCAAAAUGCAUUUGCUUUUAGGGGCAAACAAGUAGAAAAGUCAGUUUUUAAGUGAUUGUAAGAUUUUUGAUCGCUAUCAGGUUUGUCAAGGGUACCCGAACUAGUUAGCUAACUAGAUGCUUUGUGUUUCUCGAAAGGAAUACAAACUUCAUAGCCACAGGCAGCGAAGACGCUCGGGUGUUGCGGUUCAAGACGAUUCAGUGCGCUGGAUCAGUGAGAGAAGAAAUAUGAUUCUGAGUUGAAAAGGCAUGGCAGUUUGGGCCUUGGUUUCCAGAGUGAGUUCCACUCAGGCAGAGGUCGGCAGAGUGGGCAGAGUGGGCAGCUGAGGAAGGGAGAGCCUCGCUGGGCCGUAAAGAUGACGGGACAAGGGCCGCCGCACGGGUGGAAGUGAAGAAGUGACAAGCAAGAGGGAGGAAGAAGAUGGGAGCCAGCGCCUCUAGUUACCCCCACUCAUGCUCCCCACGCUUUGGUGGAAAUGCACAGACACAGCAAACCUUCAUUGGCACGUCACUGUACUCCCAACAGGGCUACGCCUGGGAGCCCAAGCUGCACAGCCUGGAGCGGCCGCCUGACCGCAAGAAGAGGACCUCAGGCCUGGCCACACUCAAGAGGCGGCUCAUCCGCCGCCGCCGGGCAGGCCGCUCGGCCGACCACGCACGCCACAUGCGCGAGCUGCUCUCGGGCUGGGACGUGCGCGAUGCCAAUGCCCUCGUGGAGGAGUAUGAGGGCACGGCUGCCCUCAAAGAGCUGAGCCUGGCGGCUGGCCUGGCCCGGCCCGAGGCGGCGACACUGCGUGCCGACAUGGCCGCCCUGUUCCAGCACAAGCACUGCACCGACGUGGACCUGGUCUUCCACGGUGCCUGCUUCGCCGCUCACAGGGCCGUUCUGGCUGCACGCUGCCCCUUCUUUAAGAACCUACUGUCGUCCUCGGCGGGCACAGCGCCAGGCUACGGCGGGGCGGAGGUGCUGCUCGAUGUGGGCACAGCGGGUAUGGACGUGGCGCUGUUCUCUGCCCUGCUGCACUUCCUGUACACGGGUGAGCUGGGUGGUGGGAGGGGCGUGGGUGAUGGCGAACCAGAAACACGCCUAAGGAACAUGGACAUCCUUCGGCAGCUGAGUGAGGAGUUCGGCACGCCCAAUCCCCUGGAGGAUGACAUGAGGGCACUAUUCAACUACAUGUGCUACUAUGACUCCGUCCUCAGCUUCCGAUCUGAGCCCGAGAUGGCGGAAGCUUAUGAUGGGGUGGGGCUUAUCAGCGGAGGGGGUGUGGCAGGGGGCACCAUGGUGAACAGUAGCGCUGCCUGCUCGCCGUGUGCUGAGGAGGACCUGAGGGCCCACAAGGCUGUUCUUUCGGCACGCUCGCCAUUCUUCCGGAACCUUCUCCAGCGGCGUAUCCGGACUGGGGAGGAGAUGACUGAGCGGGCGCUUCAAACACCCACGCGCAUUGUGCUGGACGAAUCCAUCAUCCCACGCAAGUACGCACGCGUCAUCCUGCACUGCAUGUACACAGACGCCGUGGACCUGGCCCUGGUGCUGCACAGCAGCGCCUCCGCAGGCAGCCUGAGUGAAGCGCAGGGCCUGACAGCAGCCAGUAACACUGCCAAGCCCACCGUGUCUAUGCGCACCGAAGAAGCCAUGGAGCUGUAUCACAUCGCCCUCUUCCUGGAGUUCAGUAUGUUGGCUCAAGGCUGUGAAGACAUAAUUGUGGACAGCAUCUCUCUGGAGUCCCUGGUCUCAAUUCUGAAGUGGAGCUCCCAGCCAUAUGGCUCGAAGUGGGUCCACAGGCAGGCCAUGCACUUCCUGUGUGAGGAGUUCAGCCAGGUCAUGACCUCCGAAGUGCUCUAUGAGCUGACCAAGGAUCAGCUUGUCACCACCAUCCAGUCAGAUUACCUACAGGCCAGCGAACAGGACAUCCUGAAGUAUGUGAUAAAGUGGGGUGAGCACCAGCUCAUUAGGAGGAUGGCUGACCGAGAGCCCAACCUGCUGAGUGGCACAGCUCACAGUGUGAAUAAACGUGGGGUGAAGAGGAGAGAUCUGGAUGUGGAGGAGCUGAAGGAGAUUCUGUCUCCUGUGUUGCUUUAUGUCCGUAUGGAGCACAUACUUCCAGCUAGCAGUGACGUCCUGACUGACGCAAUGAAGCGUGGUCUGAUCAGCACUCCUCCGUCCGACAUGCUGCCCACGGCAGAGGGUGGCAAGGCCAACGCCUGGCUAAGGCAGAAGAACACGGGCAUCUAUGUGCGCCCACGCCUUUUCUCGCCCUACGUGGAGGAGGCAAAGUCGGUCCUGGAGGAGAUGAUGGUGGAACAGACUGAUCUGGUGCGGCUGAGAAUGGUGCGCAUGUCGAACGUGCCUGACACCCUGUACAUGGUCAAUAAUGCGGUCCCCCAGUGCUGCCAUGUCAUAAAUCAUCAGCAAAUCACAAGCAGCCAGGCCACUGCCCCCUCUGUCGUGGCCAAUGAGAUACCAGUGCCACGGCUGGCGGUGGUGAGAGAGAUGAUGGCCCGACUGCAGGAGUUGAGGCACACUGAGCAGGUGCAGAGGGCAUACGCCCUGAACUGCGGCGAGGGAGCCACGGUCAGCUACGUGCUACAGCUGCGUGUGCUACGAGAAUUCGGCCUGCCCGACGGUGCUGCAGAGCUACUGCAGAACCCACACAAGUUCUUCCCGGAGGAGCGGUUCGGGGAUGAGAGUCCCCUCCUCAGUCUGAGAACGGCUGGCCGCUGCCGAGUGAACAGCUCCCCUGCUAUGGACAGCAUGUUCACAGAGAUGGAGACCCUUGGAGCGUUUAACCCCCCUCUCCCCCCACCGCCUCCCCCAUACCACCCCCCUGGCCAGGCCCAGGUCAGGGUUGGCUGGAGGCCAAGGGUGCCCAUGCCGCCCCCCUCCCGCUCCUUCUCUUACCCCUGUAACCACACACUGCUCCGGCCGGGGGCUUCUUCCGGGCCCCGACCCAGCCAGGCCCAGGACUAUGGCUCCACGCAGGGCCUGGGCCAAGCCCUGCCACCAGAGUCAUGUGGGAGUUUGGAGCCAUUGAUGAGUGAUUAUAUGCCGGACAUCGCCCUCGGGGUGUCUGCCAUGACCCUGUCAGAGCACAGCGAGGCUCAGGAACUCCCUCUUCAUCCUCGUCCUCUUCCCUGCAUGGCUUCCUCGGUCCCCCACUACCCGACUGGGCCUUGCCCCAGCGGGAGACGCUCCCUCGCUCACCUGCCCUGUAAGAGACACGCUCCCAAACCAGAACCUCAGUGUGAGUAUCCAGACCUUUAUGACUUUUCCAGUCAUCCCGACACACCUGCAGCUAGCCAUCCUCCGCAGGGCCCCUACACAGGCCCAGACUUGUAUAACCACCGCAGAGGUACGUUCAACAGCUUGCCCAUCUCAUGUCUCCAUGACACUCCCCUGUCGGGACACUCCCAGGACAGGCUGGGGCAGCUGGCUGACUCCUUUCACUUGGACGUUUUGGGUCAAAGGCUGGACAUGGCCCAGACGUCUUCCGGAGGACCAUCAGUAGGGGGUGCUCUUGUGCCCGUUGGACGCUUAUUAACGGACUCAGACCUGACAGGUCGUCUUGUGCCUUCAAGGGGAGGUGCUGACCCAUAUGAGGACUACAGCCCUCCCUCAGAUGGGACUGGAGGCAUGAGGGAUCCCUCUGGUGGACUUGGGAACCACAGAAAUAGUAGUGAAGAAACGGAGGCAAGCCGAGAUCAUAGAUCACCCAACAAGCCAGAGUACCAGUAUAAGAAAUCUGCACUUUAAAUGAGCAAAUGAAAAAGGGAAUUACAACAAGGUCCAAGGUCAUUAUGCAGGUUGCCAAAUCUCCCUUCAGUGAUGACUGAUUAUGGACACUGUAUAUGAGAGUGCCCAAAAUGGGCUUCAUCCUUUGAGAACGUUGUGAAUUUUCAGCAUGAGCUAGUUAAGGAUUAAUUUUAUUUUAUUUUUUUUAUCCUUCACCAUUAAAUAUUAUCAUCAAAUCAGAUCUUAGAUUAACAUAUACAGUCAAUGUCAUCUUUGAUAUAUGUAUUGUCAUUUAUCUGAUAUAUAUAUAUAAAAAAAAAAAAACUAAAAAAAAUAAAUAAAAAAAAACUAUAGCAAUUAGAACAGCCCAGUAAAGAACUUACUAUUGCUGCAGUCAGUACAUCAGAAAUGUAUCAAUUCUGUUUUGCUUGCUGUGGGUCAUUUCUCAUAGCAGAUUGGUUAAAUAAUAUACCACGUAGUUUGGACAGAUAGUUAAAUGGCAGUUAUUCAUUUCGGAGCUUUUUGGUCCUGGUCCUUUUCAUUGUAAAAUAAAGUAGCUUCAGACAGCUUGCAUAAAGAUUAUCUUCAAAAACCAUACUGAUUGCAGCUUGUGUGAUUGUUCAACUCUAAACCCCUACAAAAGAUCCUUAACUACGAGAUGUUGAAAAUUUAGUAGGAUUUUACAUGGAGAAAUAUUCCUCCGAUGGUCUUGAUCAUAUUGUGAGUGCUGGGAAGUGUUCUAUGUACGAUUUUUUUUUUUUUUAGUAAUCAUUUCUCCUGAGCUUCCCAUAGAAAUUGCAUGUGUGGAUGGUAAUGAUAUGCCUGCUGUUUAACAGUACUUAGUGGGGAUCUGAAGGUUGCAACAUGUGAACUUCUCACUUUGAAUGAUAUGAGGAAUAACCCAGUGUACAAGGAACUGAUGUAUUUUUAGUUUCUGUUUUAACAUGUCAUUUUUAGGUCUCAUAGUAUCUACAAUCGGUCAGGACUGUUCAAUAUUUACAUUAGCACCAGCCUUGAGAAUAAUUACUCCUGGUACUGUAGAGACCAUGCUGAACAUGCUUGAAUUCACCACCACCUGACAGCCAGUGGCCUUAGCUCUGGGGUUGAACUCAGAAACCAUGGACUGAUUGCAAGCCAUUACUCAUUUUCCACUGACUUAAUGAUAGUUUGGGGGGGGGGUUUUGUUUUGUUUUGUUUUUUGUUUUUAAAGUCCACCGUAAUUUAACUCCUAGUUAGCAGUGUAGAUUUGUAGUGUAGAAGACACAGACUAAACAUUGCAGUGAGCCUGAGUUGCUACUUUGUUCAGAUUUCAGUCUUUACAGUGCCACCUAGUGUAGUAAGUGUACAACUCAUCUGUUUUUUAAUUUCCCCCAUCCUCCAACUGAUGGCUAGAAACAAGGGUCUUCUUACAAGGACAUCAUCUUUUUAGGUCACUUGAAAUCCAAAUGGGGGUGGGGGGGAGUUUCUCCUCUUCAACUUUUACCAGCAUUGUAAUUAAAGUGAAACUUGUAUGUUUUUCAUUAGACUGCAUGUUGAUUACUGAUGUUUGCAAUAUGGAAGUAGAGGAAUAGGUAUGUGUUUUUGAUGCUCAACAUGAGAUUUGUGGUGAAGUGUGACACUCAAAUUUAAAAGUAUACAUGGCAUAGCAUGUUAUUGCUUUAGACAGAUGACUUCAACAGCAUUUGGCUGUGUAACUAAUCACUGAAUGCUAGCUUGAGUGAAUCAGUGCAAGUGGGUUUCAAUAUGCUGUGUAUUUGAAAAUGCCAGUACUUAAUUGGAAAAGUCAUUACUAGCCUUUAUCUAUUUGUACUGCAGAAAAGCCCUUUAAGCAGGCAAACGCUGCUCAUCAAUGACUUACUCCAGUAGCACAAGAGCACGGGUGAAUAUACAUGAGCAACCAGUAAAAAGCACUCGUCUCCACUUGAUAAUACAUUGAACGUUUAAAAACUCCUGAGAUCUGAGGGCUUCAGGGAUUAUUCUUGCAUCCAUUCAAAAGGUCUGUGCCUUACCUGGCAGAGGCUACAUAUUUCCUAAACUGAUUUUAGCCUAUGCAAGCCUUCUUAGGAGCCUGUGUCCAUCUGUCAGUUGCAAAACUGUCUGCAUUGCCUCAUAGAUGCGGGGUGUUAUACAUGUGGUUUGAUACGGUUGUUUUAGUAUGUGGACUGUACUUGUACUUUAAUAUAUUAUUGCAUUUCUUGUAAUGAACUGAAUUUUUCACUGGUUCUAUUUUUCUACUGUUACCUCAGAGAGGGUAAAUAACAGUGACCAACCAUGCAGCUAGAGAGCAAUUUCAAAAUAAACCGCUUCAGUAGUA